CACUGUUACGAAAGGGGGCUCGUGCUCUACUCGCGCGCUAGCCACCGGACUCCCCUCGCCUCGCGCUCAGCUCGCCUGGUUUCUGAUCCCCGCCAUGGAGGAGGCUGAGACGGACGCCACGGAAAACAAGCGCGCCUCUGAGGCCAAGCGAGCCUCGGCCAUGCUGCCACCGCCUCCGCCUCCCAUCUCUCCGCCCGCCCUCAUCCCGGCGCCAGCGGCCGGUGAGGAGGGCCCGGCGUCCCUGGCCCAGGCGGGCGCACCCGGCUGUUCUCGCUCUCGGCCCCCGGAGUUGGAGCCCGAGCGCAGCCUGGGCCGCUUGAGAGGCCGCUUCGAGGACUACGAUGAAGAGUUGGAAGAGGAUGAGGAGAUGGAGGAGGAGGAAGAGGAGGAGGAAGAGAUGAGCCACUUCUCUCUGCGUCUGGAGUCCGGACGGGCGGACUCCGAGGACGAGGAAGAGCGCCUGAUCAACCUGGUUGAGCUGACCCCCUACAUCUUGUGCUCCAUUUGCAAAGGUUACUUGAUAGAUGCCACCACUAUUACAGAAUGUCUCCACACCUUCUGUAAAAGCUGCAUUGUGAGACAUUUUUACUAUAGCAACAGAUGCCCCAAAUGCAACAUAGUCGUCCACCAGACUCAGCCUCUUUAUAAUAUAAGGUUGGACCGGCAGUUACAAGACAUAGUAUACAAAUUAGUAGUCAAUCUAGAGGAAAGAGAAAAAAAGCAAAUGCAUGACUUCUAUAAAGAAAGAGGUCUAGAAGUCCCUAAGCCUGCUUCUUUGUUUCCAUCUCAAAUAGCUGUUCCACAGCCCGUCCCUGCAAGCAAAGGAAGAACCAAGAAAGCCCUAGAGUCAGUGUUUCGUAUUCCGCCUGAACUUGAUGUGUCUUUAUUACUUGAGUUCAUUGGUGCUAAUGAAGACACAGGACAUUUUAAGCAUUCACUGAGAUUUGAGCCAUUGGAAAAGAAGUUUGUGCGUGUUUCAGGAGAAGCAACUAUUGGGCAUGUAGAAAAAUUUCUUAGAAGAAAAAUGGGUCUUGAUCCAGCUUGUCAGGUAGACAUCAUCUGUGGGGAUCACUUACUGGAGCGGUACCAAACUCUGCGGGAAAUCCGACGUGCAAUAGGUGACACAGCAAUGCAGGAUGGUCUACUUGUUCUUCAUUAUGGUCUUGUGGUUUCUCCUUUAAAAAUAACUUGAAAAUCCAAGAGUAUAUUGGAGGCUUCUGCAGAUGUGCAUCACACCAAAGAUUCUCCCAGAGCAUGUAACCACCACCACUUACGCUGUUAAGAGCUAGCUUCUGUUCUUAGCACCAGAACCCUAGCAAUGUGUACAACUUGAAACAAUAGAAUGUAUUUGCUACACUAAAGACUAUGUAAAAAACAUUCAUAACUCAGGGGAAAAAACUGAAAAACACUGAAUUUUAAAAUUCCUUGUGAUUCCAAAUAUGAGGAAGUUGCUGGUUGCUUCCCGUCCUUGUUGGUCCUUCGGGAGCUGGGUUUCUGCCCUCCAACUCCAACUGCAUGGGUUGGGUGGGUGUCCUUUAGAACAGUUUUGCUUUGAAUUUAAACCUCAGAGUGCACUCAGCACCAAAACUACUGGCCACUUACAUGUUCCUGUCCUAUUCUGAACUUAAAAAAAUUCCAGUGAUACUACUACAGCGCUGUUACUCAGCUCUGAGACUGUUAGAAAUGGCUCGCUCUUCUUGACGUCCCUUAAAUAUGAGGUGCUUCUUUCUGAUGGCUUAUUUGCAUCUAUCGGUGCCACUGGGACAGGUGUCACAAAAGUCCCUCGGUGCGGCUGUUGAUAAUGCCAUUGCUUCUAACAGUAGCAAAAGUUUCAGGUGAAUUACCAGAAGUUUACAUAAUCCUCAUUGUUUCUUCAGUCACUUAGAUUAUCUGGUUCGUGUUUAAUGUUUUUGUUUUCUCGUCAUUUGGAUAAAAAAUCAGAGUCUUUGAGAACCUUGCUUUUCACAAAGACUUACUUGUAAACAUUAUUUUGCCUAAAAUUAGCAUCCUGAUGCUUUCUAAAAUAAAAUUUUAUAGACUUAUUUCAUAGCAAAAUUUCCAAAUCUGUACAGAAAUUUAAAAAAUUAGACUUACAUUGGCAACUGUUUUGUAAAGAAUUUAUGAAUUGUACAUAAACCUCUUCUGACAUUUAAUAAAAGUUUAUUUUAGCCAA